UCUCCGCCGACGUCAUGGACAGGGGUUGGGGGGGCGUCUGUACGGUUACGUCAAAUAGACUGGAGAUAUCUGGGAACGGAGCCUUCACCCGUCCAUACUGACACCGGUAACAGUCUGGAUAUUGGGUGCUAUCACUGUUCUCCCACCCCAGAGUCUUUUUUUUUGUUGCAUAUAAAGCUAAGUUGGCGAGCAGGGAAGGCGCUGUGGUGUGUUUGGGAGGGCCUUCGUGGGAUGCUGGUGCUGCGAGUUUUGGGUCAGUCGCUGGUCUCUGGUCUCUGUUGGAAGAAACCAAGAAAUAAGAGUAAAUCAUACAGCAUUUGGAACCUGCUCCACUAUUCAUAGUAAAACAGAGUUUUGGAUGAUGGCGAUCUGAGAACAGUUCCGAAGAGGAGUUGCCAGAUUUAAAACAUUAACUCUGUUUCUCUGACCAUCUCAUAAGAAAUCUAGAUGUCUGCCAGAGAUAAAGAAGAACAGGAUGAUGAACUGCUGGCUCUUGCUAGUAUUUAUGAGGAGGAUGAGUUUAAAAGGGCAGAAUCUGCUACAGGUGGAGAAAUAAGCAUAUGUUUGGAAUUGCCACCAAACUUCAGAAUAAAUGUUCAAGGUGACGAAAAGCAGAAUAAAAAGGACCUGAUUGAAUAUGCAGUUUCUUUUUUGCCACCUCUUGCGUUGAAGUUUGAACUUCCUCCAGAUUAUCCAUCAUGUUCAGCUCCUAAAUACACCUUGAGCUGCAAGUGGCUUUCACAAGCUCAGAAGAAAGUGUUUACUUCAACCCGUGGUCCCCACUCUCCCAGUUUGCUUUGCCAUCUCUCUGCACUUUGUUCUUGCCUGGAUAGAAUUUGGAAAGACAAUGGCAAUUGUGUGAUAUUAUUUUCAUGGAUGCAGUUCUUAAAAGAAGAGACGCUCUCCUUUUUGCUAAUUGAGUCUCCAUUAGAAAUCAAAAACAUUGAAGACAAAUCUGAAAGUACUUUGGUUAGAAAAAAGCAUAAUGAAUUUGGAUCAGAGGACAAACUGAAGAACUUGCAAGACUUUCCUCUUGACCCGAGAGCGAUCCAGGAUGUGGAGUCAUGUGCUUGUGUUUUACGUGAAAUUUUGGACUUUGAUCAGAAUCAGAAACAAAAAGUCUUUAAUAGCAAGAUUUUCACCUGCAGUGUAUGCUUUUGUGAAAAGCUGGGCAUUGACUGCAUGGACUUGAAGGAGUGUAACCAUGUGUAUUGCAAGGCCUGUUUGAAAGAAUAUUUUGAGAUACAAAUCCGUGAUGGGAAUGUUCAGUGCCUUAAUUGUCCUGAGCCAAAGUGUACUUCUAUUGCCACACCUGCUCAAGUAAAAGAGCUCGUCUACGAGGAAACGUUUGCACGAUAUGACCGCCUUCUCCUUCAGUCUACACUGGAUCUAAUGACGGACGUGGUAUAUUGCCCUCGUACUGUUUGCAAGUCAGUGGUGAUGCUUGAACCUGGAAACACCAUGGGUGUCUGUCCAGGAUGUCGUUAUGCUUUUUGUGCAUUAUGUGAAAUGGCUUAUCAUGGAAUUUCUCCAUGCAGAUUAAAAGCAGAGAAACUUUCUGCACUGCGUGAUGAGUACUUAAAGGCAGAUGAAUCUGAAAAGCAGCGGUUGGAAAAGUCCUAUGGGCGCAGAGUGCUUCAGAAAGCAGUGGAGGAGUUGUGCAGCCAGGAAUGGCUUGAUAAGAACUCAAAGCCCUGUCCCCGUUGUGGUACAAACAUACAGAAGGUGAAUGGAUGCAAUAAGAUGACAUGCACUGGAUGUAAGCAGCACUUCUGUUGGCUCUGCAUACGCCCACUUUCAAAAAUAAAUCCGUAUAGUCACUUCAAUGAUUCCUCAUCACCUUGCUUUAAUGAGCUUUUCCAAGGUAUUGACUUUGAAGCAGAAGAUGAUGUCUUGAGGGAUGAAGAUGAUGGAAUUGUUUAAGCUCUUUUAUGAAGCCACCUGGACUAUCAUUACAUAAAGCUUAUGCAUUAACCAUUUAAACGGACAAACGACUGUUACCUUCAGUGCCAUCGAUCAUAGCUAAACCAAUCUCUGGCAAUGGUUAUUCAAUUUAGCACUUGUGUUGACCAUUAUGAAACUUGGGACUCAGGAUACAUAAUGUUCUAGGGACUUCUGUUUUUCAGCGUUCAAACAUUUAUACAUGCACAAUAUAUUUAAACAAAUUAAGCUGAUAAAUUUGAGGGGAAGAUCAUGUUUCGUUUAAUUUGGACAACAUUCAGUGGAAAGUAUUUUAUGUAUUCAAGUAACAUUUGAGAAGUGUUUUCAAAAAUGAUAGCAGUGCCAUUUCUCCCUGUUUCUCUAUCUUUGUUUCACAAGUUUAAAGCUUCUCCUUCAUCUUCCAAAAAUUGUGCGCUUCUGGUUAAUAGUCACAGUGACAAUUGCUAGUAAUCCCGUUGCUGUGCCUCUUGACUUAUUGUGUAGAAUUUGAUGUUCAAACUUUUUAUCUUGAUAGGCCAUUUAAUCAUGGAGCUUUGCAAGCCAACAUAUGCACUAUUUCUGAAUGGGGUUCCCUACUUGAAGCAACAAUUCAAACUCUGGUACUUUUAUAGAUAUAUAUUCAGUUUUGACACUUGGAACUGCAGGGAUUUUGCAUGAAAAAAGUAAAUGCUACAAAUAUGGAGCAUAUAAGCCUUUUCUUGGGUUUUCUUUGUUUUCUGAUUACACAGAAGCAAUACUGUGCUAAUUCAAGAAAUUCGAUGCAAAAUGAAACUGGCAAUGGCAGGAUGCUGGUCAGUUGAAGAAAGACAACUAGAUACUGACUUGACUGGAGAUUGUCUGUGAAGGAAGAGAUGAUGUCCGUCAGGUUCCGUCAGCCUGCAAUGCAUUCAUUAUAAAUCUGUUGAUCUUGCUGGCUCAAGGAAGAUAACGACAGGUCUAGGAACAGAUUUGCCUGUUCUCUCCUGGACAAGUGGGUUUUAGGAAAAAAAGUGUAAUAGGAUUUUUACGUUUAAAAAUAAAGUACAUGUUUUGAAUUAUGGACCAGCUAGUUAUAUUGUGAAAGCAUUUUGUUUUUUGCUGCAUUUUGGUGCACAAGAUGACUGCUGGGGCUGCAUUUUUGUUAUACUUCCUUGGUAUUCUUGCAUAAAGCUAUCUAUAAACUCUUCCCUGAAAAGGCAUUUUCUUAUUUUAAUUAACCUGUUCAAUAUCGUCUGUUUCCUUAGUGAAUGCACUAAGUGUAAAGAAUCAUGAAAUGGAAUUCAAGAGAUAAUUUAGUAAAGAGAUGUUUACAUGGUUUCUAGUAACCCUAUGUUCUGAAUAACAUUACAAUGUUUUCAGUUACCUUUAUAGUUAACCACAUACCUACUGAACGUAAUUUUUGAAAUGACUUUCUUCCACUCUAUGCAUUGAAUGGUUUAAAUCUGUUAAACUUUAUUAUUCCUAAUAUGAUGUCAUGUAUACUAGAUACUAUCUCAUGAGUGAUGUGACAUGCAAAACAUGGCGGUGGAGAAUGAAAAUUCUGCUGUAGGAGCUGUGAAUUUCAGAAACUAUCAUUUCAGUUGAAUUUUUGUACAAUGAAGUAAAUGCUGACAGCUUGAA